AUGACAUACGGAUCCGAAACUUGGUCGCUAAAUAUGGGCCUCAUAAGAAGGCUCAAAGUCGCUCAGCGGGUGACGGAGAGGGCAACGCUCGGAUUUCCCUACGUGAUCGAGUCAGAAAUGAGAAUAUCUGUAGGAGAACCAGGAUGUUCUGCUACACAUUCCAGGUAUGUAGGUAAAUUCAUUCGGAACAUAUCUGCUCUGCAAUCCCUUGUCCCAAAGGAUGAGCAUCGUCCUAAUUGUUCAAAGAAUAUUUUUUUGCUUACAGGUACGCUAUCCCUCCGGAACGUGUAUAUGGUAAUUCCUGAAGCAGUGGAGCGGGGAAAGACAGCGGUAAUCAAGUGUAUGUACGAUUUAGAGAACGAAGAAUUGUACCAGGUGAAGUGGUACCGCGGCGAUCAUGAGUUUUGUCGCUACGCGCCUAAAGAUGUGCCACCGCUCAAAAUAUUUCCUUUACGUGGGAUCGAAGUCGAUCGUGAUGCAAGCGACUGGGAAAAGGUAACAAUAAGGGCAGUAUCAUACAGAGCGAACGGACGAUACUCGUGUGAAAUUUCAGCAGAUGCACCAUCGUUCAUAACAGCCCAGUUGCAGGGCAUGAUGUAUGUAGUUGAUUUACCCAAAGGUUAUCCAAAAUUGAGGGGUAUGAAAAUAGGUUAUAAGCCGGGCAUGAAACUGAAAGUAGAGUGCAUCAGUCCUAACUCCAUGCCGCCGGCCAAUAUAACAUUUUACGUCAAUGAUGAACCGGCUCAUGAAAAGCACGUAUAUCGGAAAGUAUCAGGGGGGACUAAUGGCAGCUUAUGGACAUCAUAUGGUACUAUACAGUUCGUAGUGCAACACCACCACUUCAUUGAUGGAAAAUUGAGGAUACGAUGCUUGGCGGUUAUUUAUUCUAUAUACGCUAAAAGUCACGAGAAAACAACGACUCUACUAGACUAUAGGACGACGAUUCCACCAGAGCCAGUCACCAGGCCGAGGAUAGUUUUUUCUGAAAGCUACAAUCAAGAAUCUAGACUAUCAGAAAUUGGUAGUGGUAAGACUUAA